AUGACGGCUUACCAACACUACGUGUCUCAUGCCUUGACACGCUGUCUUGCCGCGCGCCUUCCGCUAAACACUCUACCCUUGUUGCGCACCCCCGCAGGCCGACUAUUCUCGACAACUAGCAAAUAUGCGAAAAAGGUCGACUUCGGCCAAAAGCUGGAGGACCUGGUCUCGAAAGAAGAGGCAGUAAAGGAGACGCAGCAAAAUGCGAAUCGCAAGGGCGCCCGAAAGAAUGCUGGCAAGACGUCGUUGCGGAGUGUUGCGGUUGAGGCACAGAGAUCGCGGGCUUUCGUAAAGUCAAGAGGAAGAACACGCUUCAUAGAUCCAGACGCUGAAACCAAAACGGUGACUGCAUACUGUGCGGCUGAAACCUACGACAUUACCGCUGCCGCUCGGCUUGUCAAAGCCCAAGGCUAUGAGCUCGAUCCCUUCCAGACCGGCUUAUACCCGCAAGUCAUACAUAUUCAGACUUCCGAACGACCGUCAGAGGUCAAGGAUUUCCAACAAGGCGACAUAUUCAUCUUUCCCUCUGGCACGGUAGUGGCAUGGAAUGUCCGGGAAAGAGAAGCACUGAAGCUGGUCAACCAAGUGCUACCAGCAGCAGCUGAAGGCUCACAUCUCGAAUUGCUCGAAACUGAAGACCUGGACUACCUCGAAGACCCCAGCAAAGAAACCAGCGAAGUAGUCGGCGACACCAUCGUCCUCGGCACAAAAGCAGAGCCAGUAUCUGACAACCCAACGUCAUCUCAACCCGAUGAGUCUACCAACCCCACCGACCAGCGUCACGAAGUAGACACUGUCUUGGCAAAAAUAGCUUUCUCCUCUGGUCUCGCUCGUAGCACCAAGCUUGCCGUUCUAGAAACUCUGCUGUCAGCCUACCAAAACUCAACCCGCGAUAUCCCCGCCAUGCUUGCCUCUUCCAAAACCAUCUCUCAUCGCCGCAGCGCCCCCUUUACACGCUCCUUCAUCCUACGCAAAACUGGCGAACUGUUGUCUCUCCGUGCUCAGCUAAACCUUUACUCGGAGCUGACCGACAGCAUGCCCGACAUCUUCUGGGAUUCGCGACACGAGCUGGGCUUGGGCGAGUACUACGAUCAAGUUGGACGCGCCCUGGAUGUUGGGGUACGAAUCAAAGUGCUCAAUGAAAAGAUUGGUUUUGCUCAGGAAAUUGCUAGCGUGUUGAGAGAGCAGUUGAGUGAGAAACACGGGUUGAGACUCGAAUGGGCGAUUAUCGCACUCAUUGCUGUAGAAGUAGUGCUUGAGUUCUAUCGGCAUUGGGACGAGCGCAGGGGUAAGGAUGAUCCGGACAGUACUGAAGCGUUACUGAGGAGUCAUUUGGAAAGGUUAGCGGAAACGAAGCUUUGA